AACUGCCGCCGCCCGCCAGCCGCCAUCAGUCGCCGCUCGGCUGUCGACAGCGGUUCGUCGUGUGCGUUUUGAGGUUAUCUUCCAGCGAACUCUUUAAACCAUGUUCGACGUUGUCAAAUUCAUCGGUGAAGUACAGACUUACCCUGCAUUGUACGAUUUGAAGAGUAAGUUGUACAACAGAGACAAAAGGACUGAAAGUUGGCAUCAGGUGGGACUUACCAUGUACGACGACUGGGACGAACUUGAUGAUGACGAGAUAGAACACAGAGUCAAGGACAUGGCCAGGAAGUGGAAGUGUGUAAGAGAUUCCUUUGUUAAAGACCACAGGGCUUACGUAAGUGGAAAUACGAAGAAAAGAUAUUGUUACUCCGAACAUUUGCAGUUUCUCCUUCCGUUCAUCAAAGGGGGGACAAACGACGCAGAGAAUAGCGACGGCGACCAGGAGAUCUUACAAAGUACGAUUGAAUGUGAUCCAUUUGAAGAGCAAAUUAUGGACAAUGAUACUCAUCGUGUGACGACCAGGGCUAACUCUUCCUACGGUACUGCUCGUGUUGGUAGAAGAGCAGUGAAAAGAAAGCUGGCUCAGAGUAUGCUGCAGACCAGAUCAUCGCUGCUGCGGAAUGUUUCUUCAGCCAAUGACGUGACGAGAUGUAUGUCUCAGUUGGUCGAGAUGCAAAGAGAAGAGAAGAACAGUGACCAGUUUGGUCACAAAGCUUUUCUGUUAUCAUUUGUGCCUGUUCUAAACAGUCUCUCUCUCCAUGAAGCAAUGCAGUUAAGAGGACAGAUAUCAGAUAUAUUUUCAAAGCAUUUUCAGCACCAAUAACCACAUUCUGACUAUGUUACUGAUGUUUCAGUCAUAUCAUCUUUCUGGUACCUAGCACUCAAACCCAUCAAUUAAUUCAACCAUACCAUGGUAAAAUGCACAAUUUUUAUACAAACGUGUUUACUGUUGUUUCAACUUUGUUGGAGUUUCACAAGAUGACUAGUCAGUAGUCAUGGCUAUGAACAUGUUUGUGUAAGGCUAUUUUUUUUUAAAUACUGAAUUAAAUUUUAUAUGGAAAUAUCAUUGUGCUCGGUUUUUCCCAACCAGUCUGCUAACUUGAGUGGUAAGAAAUUUUAUUCUGGAUUGUAUACUUCUUCUGACUAACUGAUCUAAAG